CUCUCUCUGAUCUCACACCUCUGUGAUUCUCUCUGGUCAAUCGCAAAAAAAAUGUCAAUCCUCCAGCUCUCUAGCUCUUCGCUCUCUUAUCCUAAUGUUCUCUCCAUCUCUCCGAGAAAAUCUCUCUCGUCGUCUCCAAAGUCUCCCCGAACAAUUCGUUGUUCCCUCGAGGGAACCACUGUAACCGAGCGUAAAGUCUCUGCAACCACUGAGCCUCUUCUUCUCAGAGCUGUCAAAGGUGAAGUUGUUGAUAGACCUCCGGUUUGGCUUAUGAGGCAAGCUGGGAGGUACAUGAAGAGUUAUCAAACUCUCUGUGAGAAGUAUCCUUCUUUCCGAGAUAGAUCAGAGAAUGCUGAUCUUGUGGUGGAGAUUUCUCUUCAGCCUUGGAAGGUGUUCAAGCCUGAUGGUGUGAUUCUGUUCUCAGAUAUUCUGACACCUUUGUCUGGUAUGAACAUACCUUUCGACAUUGUUAAAGGCAAAGGUCCUAUCAUCUUCAACCCGCCGCAGUCAGCUGCUGAUGUGAAUCAAGUUAGAGAGUUCGUACCAGAGGAGUCUGUUCCUUAUGUUGGAGAAGCACUCAAGAGAUUGAGAAACGACGUGGGCAACGAAGCUGCUGUUCUUGGUUUUGUUGGAGCUCCAUUUACUCUUUCCUCAUAUGUUAUUGAAGGUGGCUCAUCUAAGAACUUCACACAAAUAAAAAAAUUAGCUUUCUCUCAACCCAAGAUUCUACAUGCUUUACUUCAGAAGUUCACAACCUCAAUGAUCACUUACAUACGCUAUCAAGCAGAUAGUGGAGCUCAAGCUGUGCAAAUCUUUGAUUCUUGGGCUACAGAGCUUAGCCCUGUGGACUUUGAGGAGUUUAGCUUACCUUAUCUUAAACAGAUUGUGGAAGCUGUGAAACAAACUCACCCAAACCUACCUUUAAUACUGUAUGCAAGUGGAUCAGGAGGUUUACUAGAGAGACUGGCUCGCACCGGUGUGGAUGUUGUGAGCUUGGACUGGACUGUGGACAUGGCUGAAGGAAGGGACAGGCUGGGAAGAAACAUAGCAGUUCAAGGAAACGUGGACCCUGGAGUUUUGUUCGGAUCUAAAGAGUUUAUCACAAGCAGGAUUCAUGAUACUGUGAAGAAAGCUGGGAGGGAUAAACAUAUUCUGAACCUGGGACAUGGUAUUAAAGUUGGAACUCCUGAAGAGAAUGUUGCACACUUCUUUGAGGUUGCUCAAGGAAUUAGAUAUUAAGAGAAGAACGUGUACACGUUCUCUUGCAUGAUGAUUUGUUCUUAACUUUUGCUUGUUCAAUUUUUGUUUCUCAUUUGUAAUUUUAUGUUUGUAUUUUUAAUGUUUUAACAGAUUUUUUUCUUCUUUGGAGAUUAUGUGGAAUAGAAUUAAUCACAAACAAAUAUCUGAAUAGAAAAAAAAAGUAGAUCACA